AACACAACCAACAACAACAACAACAAACAUUAUCCUCCUCCAUUUUAAUUAACCGAUUCAAAAAUGAAUCUCUUUCCGCAACUAACCAAAAUCUCCUUCCUAGUAUUCUUGGUCCUAUGUUUCGGAUUCACAUACAUCGGAAAACGUCCCCCUGCCAUAUUUGUACUCAUUGUUACAACUAUUUUACCUAGUUUCCUAAACCUAUGGUUAAUCCCAGGAGGCUUUGCUUGGAGAAAUCACCCUGGUAAAUUUCGUGGUCCUUUUUGUUGGCCCUUUCUUGGGCUUUUACCUCAGAUGAAAAGUCCAAUCGCUCAUCGUAAAUUAGGGUUCUUGGCUACUUCACUCGGAAGUAAGCGCUUAAUGCCAUUCAGUCUUGGAGCCAACACUCGGGUGAUCAUUAGUAGCCAUCCCGACACAGCUCGGGAGAUUUUAUGCGGGAGUUCAUUCUCAGAUCGUCCCGUUAAGGAAUCGGCUCGAACAUUAAUGUUCGAACGCGCCAUUGGAUUCGCGCCAUCGGGUAAAUACUGGCGUCACCUUAGAAGAAUUGCUGCCAAUCAUUUGUUUAGUCCAAGGAGAAUUUCUUCUUUAGAAGGGGUUAGACAAAAUCUGGUGGAUGACAUGAUUAAAAGAGUGGAGUUUGAGAUGCAAUAUGGUGGGAGUGGUAAAGUGGAGAUAAGGCCAAUCCUGCAAAAGGGUUCUUUGAUUAAUGUGUUGGAAAGUGUGUUUGGGAGUGAGUUUUUAGGGUUAGAAGAUGGGGUGAAGUUGGGAGUGAUGGUUGAGGAAGGAUAUGAACUCAUUUCUGAGUUUAAUUGGGCUGAUUAUAUUCCUUUCAAGUUUCUAGACUUUGGUGGGGUGAAAAAAAGGUGUCACAAAUUAGCAGGAGAGGUUAAAAGUCUUCUGGAAAGGAUCAUAAAAGAAAGGAAAAAAGAGGGAGGUUUUGCCUCCAAGAAUGAUUUUCUUAGUGUUUGCCUAUCUUUGCCUAAAGAGGAUCAGCUUUGUGAUGCAGAUUUGGUCGCUGUUCUCUGGGAAAUGAUAUUUAGAGGGACAGAUACAGUGGCUCUUCUUUUAGAGUGGAUAUUGGCUAGAGUGGUUUUACAUCAAGACAUACAAAUCAAAGCGCAGCUAGAAAUUGAUAAUUGCAUUGGCUCCGGCAGAAAUGUACAAGAUUCGGACAUUGCAAAUCUUCUAUACCUUCAAGCCAUAGUCAAAGAGGUGUUGCGACUUCACCCGCCCGGUCCAUUGCUCUCGUGGGCCCGUUUAGCAAUCCACGAUGUACAUGUGGACAAGUUCUUCGUCCCGGCUGGCACCACGGCAAUGGUUAACAUGUGGGCCAUAACCCAUGACCCGGCUAUUUGGAAAGAUCCAUGGACAUUCCGACCUGAAAGGUUCAUUGAAGAAGAUGUACCAAUCAUGGGUUCGGAUCUCAGGCUCGCUCCAUUUGGUUCGGGCCGUCGAGUUUGUCCUGGUAGGAUGCUCGGGUUAACCACGGUUCAAUUGUGGCUUGCUCGUUUACUUCAAGAAUUCAAAUGGAUUCCCAUAUCAUCCUCUCAACAAGUUGAUCUUUCGGAGUGUUUGAAGCUUUCUUUAGAGAUGAAGAAACCGUUGGUUUGUUGUGCAGUCAAACGGGCUCCAAGUCGGGUUGAAUCCCAGCUGUAGCGGGAACCCAUAUGCAUGCAUGGUAUUUCUAAGUAGCUUUUAAUUUCUUCAAUCUAUCAAUGAUGGUUUAUUUAGUACUGAAUGUGUAUAUAUUGGUCAGUUAUAUAUCCUAUUCAACGUGUUUAAAACCUAGCUAAGAAGUUUGGUUAACAUGGAAAUAAAUUCCAGAAAAAAACCUUUUAUGUUGUUAUUUUAUUGGUGAAUUAUAGUCUCCUAC